UUUAGUAUAGAAGCUGUAGUAUUAGCUUGGUGUGACAUCACUUCCUGCUUGAGUCUCUUGUUGCUGGUCAACCUCUCCGUCUUCUCCAUUCUCCCCAAUGAACAGGUCAAGCGUGUUUUGUUCAAGGAUCCAGUUGUUUGUUUUCUCGUCAGUCUGAGUCUGAGUUCAGAGAUGUCAGCAUCAGAACUUUCCCUGCACUUAUGUCCUCAUCCAUGUGUUUAUAGAUACAUCUGUAGAUAUAUAUAUAUAUGAAGAUCUUUUCUAGCUAGUAUAGUGUUGUACCAGCCCCAACCUACCCAAUCCAUGAGUUUCAGGCCUGCCCAAACAGCACCUUUCCCUGCCUCCGAAGCUCCACCCACAACACAUAGAAUUAUUUUUUUUGAUUGGGGUUAGCAUAAUAGACAGAAAGACAAGGGCAUAUACAGUAUAUAUCUUGUUUAUGCAUCUGCAAAGAAACCAUACGAAUGAUUCCAGGAUACCCAGUGCUCAUGGGAAGUUCCGACAGGCAGACACAGGUUUAAGCGUCGGGAUUUUAUGUCUUAUUACAGUUAUGAGAUAGAAGGAAUGUUCUGUGGCUAAUUUGGUCUUGGGGUGCAGAAGAACUUGGCAGUGAAGAUUGUUGAGCAGGAAGGGAGCCCAUCUGAGGCUUCAGAGUUAUCAUACACUACUUAUCCCACAUGCAAACCAUUGAGUGAAAAGUGGAUUUGCAUCAUAACCAAACGACCUUACUGGUUGUGCGUUUACCGGAUGCACUCUAUAUAAUCACCACUUGCAUCGCUAAUAAUUUCUGUACAUCUGAGGGACCUGUUCCGUGGUUGAGGACACAGUUUGCAUCAAGUCUGGAGCAAUGGACAUGGAAUUGUCUGUGACUGUCACACUGUUCAGCCAACUGGCCCUGGGGGUGGCAGUUAACGGCUUCAUCGUUGGGACGUAUCUGCUGGAAUGGAGGAAGAACAGAAGUCUCCAUAUAAGCGACACUGUGCUGAUGUCCCUGGCCUUGAAUCGAUUCCUGUGGCAACUGUUUCAUACGUUGGCAUCAUUGUUUUCAUUCGUACAAGUCACCCUCACAGCCACGUACAAGUUUCUCUAUUGCUUCUGUGCCUUUCUCAACUGGAGCAGCCUGUGGUUUGCCGCCAUACUCAGUGUCAUCCACUGCGUGAAGAUCUCAAACUACAACAACUCCCUGUUCAUCUGGCUCAAGCUGAGGCUCUGCCGGCUGGUGAAAUGGCUCAUUGUAGCCAAUCUACUGACUUCUCUGGCUUUCACCAUUGCACCUCUGUGGUUUGUAUUUCCCCACAAUCAAUCCACUUCAAUAGAUGUUCCGCAGAACAACGCAACCUUGAACCCACUACAAAACAUUCCCAGCCCAUUAUUUGUACUGUGCUUGGGUUCUCUUCUGCCGUUCCUCAUAUUCUGUGUCGCCGUUUCGCUUCUGAUCAAUUCGCUGAGAAUGCACGUCCGACAGAUGAGAAGCCGAGCAACAGGUUUCCAGGUGUCUCACGUGGAAGCUCAUUUGAGGGUGAUAAAAGGCAUGGUCUUUUUCCUUGUCCUCUUUCUCCUGUAUUUCUCAGUCAUUAUUUUGGGAGCAGAUAAGAAGACUGACAGUAAUUGGAUAUAUUUCUAUCUAGGCUUAGCCUUCUACCCAUCUCUCCAUUCUGCUGUCCUGAUCUAUUCCACUCGCCAGUUAAGAACGGCAUGCUUAGCAAUUUAUCAUGGAGCCAAAACGUGCAUUUGUGUACCCCAUGGAAAUAUAUGUGACUGAUUACCACCGGAUCUAUACUAACUUGUAGUCCACCUGUAUUGCUUCUCAAACUCUUGUAGUUUCCUUUUACUUAUCCACAGUCCGGCUGGCCACAGCCCUAUUCACCUCCUUCCAUAGGCUUCAUAUUGUUGUGGUAUGGUGUCACUGAGAGCUCAGCCAGUCAUGAAUACUCUCUGAUGGACUUCUUCUAGUUCAGCAUUAGCAGACUUGCCCUAAGUGUCUUCUGACGAAUACCAGCAUACCUUUAGUUUCAGGUUCUUCUCUUGUCUUUUAGGGGCACCUCUGCUGUGAUGAGAACCUUCUGUAGGUAGCAUUUUAGCAUAGAAGCAUCCAAUAACCUUCUCUAUGCUAGCCAUCCUAUUCUCCAAAGCCCCAUUUGGGUUAGAGAAGGAGGACAGUUGGGGGGGGGGGCAGCGAGAUGGCUCUAAUGCCUUGGGCUGCAGAACAUCCAUUCCACAUAGAUUAUUUGAUCAUCCCUGUGGCAGAUUAAGGUUUCCUGGAGUCUAAGGCAGUACUUUGUACGUUGUUGCCCCUUUCAAGACUAGUCCAGUCCAAUUCUACUGAUGGUUCCAACAGUAACUUUGCACCACCAUUGGUGGUUAUCUGAUUCUGUAGUACUAAUGGUGGCAGUUGGUUUGGUUGGGGAGUAGGACAGGCUGGUUUAGGAGGAAGAGUUGGCCUAUUGGUUAUGUGCUCAGCCUUUGAUGAGGCAUUUCAUGCUAGGUACCCUGGUUCUAUUCCCCGAGGCAUCUCUUUAUGACUCUUGGUGUCUUGACAUACUUGGCUCACCUAUAAGGCUAAUGCCACACAGGGCUGAUUCUCAGUCUGUGAAGAAGUAUGGCUUGAGUGUAUUGGGGUGCCAGAUACAUGAAAUAAUGCCAUUGCCAUUCACAGUAAAUUCACUAAUUUACAUUACCCAGUUCAUUAUGCCCCCCAUCAGUCUCCAUCAAAGCCAGGACCAACAUUUAAUAUACAUCAGGAUUUCCCAGCCUCAAAGAUGGAGAACCAAGGACACAAUGGAGGACUUUCAUUCUUUGCAUGGCCAUUAUUCUAAAAACUAUCUCAGCUUGUACAUUUGUUAUGUUGCACGUCUGUCCAACUGAAUCUAAUCCACCUAUGCCACAUGCACUUGCACCAUCCAUAUGUCUUGCCUUAAAAGGGUGUUGUGUUACUGCUGAACCAGCCCUGUUGGCUGUUUUACUGAGAGCGUGCUGAUUGGAAGAGAUCCGCAGCCAAUCAAGCCCCUGUAUCUAUCAG